UUGGAUGUAGCACACACAGACACACCCACAAAUAAAAGAAGAUAUCCACAACCGCACGCCUUACUCCUAUUACAAAGGCCACAAGUUUUCAACCCUUCGUUACCCUUUUUCUUCUUUUCACACACAUCUUUCUCUUCACAAUGGAGGCUCAGAAGGUGGUAUUAAAGGUCCUUACUAUGAUAGAUGAAAAAACAAAGAAGAAAGCAAUAGAAGCAGCUGCAGAUAUCUAUGGGGUUGAUUCGAUAGCUGCUGAUGUGAAGGAACAGAAGUUGAUAGUGGUUGGCGAAAUGGAUGCAGUGGCGGUAGUGAAGAAGCUGAAGAAAGUAGGGAAGGUUGAUAUAAUAUCAGUUGGACCUGCCAAGGAAGAGAAGAAAGAAGAAAAGAAAGAGGAAAAGAAAGAGGAGAAGAAUGAAGAGAAGCCAGAAGAGAAACCGGAAGAGAAAAAAUAAAAGCAAUACAUAUCAUCCAAAUUUUCAAAUUCUUCCCCCUCCUUUAAGAUAUCCCGAUAUAGAUAUUAAGCAGCUAAUUGUUCGUAUAAUUUAUGAAUAAUGAAAAGUUUUCUCGGUUCGAAUUAUCUUUUUGGGUUUGAUGAUAUUUGUGCCUUCUGCUCCUUCUUACCAAGAGUGUGCAGAAGGGAAAAAACUGGUAUAGUGAAAAUCCUCUUCCAUACUUUGUGGAUCACUUAUUAUCAGUCAAUGGAAACAUGGUUCAAAAGGAGUUAAGGGUGUC